ACAAAAGGAUAGCUAGCCCUGAUCUAACACGUCAGGUGAAGAUGCUGCAUUUGACUGGUCUGUCACAGGUCAGACAUGAGACUGUUUGGGCCAGUUCAGCACCUCCUUACACAACUGUAAACCGUCAUGUUUAGGCUGCCAACAAAAGGCGCGUCUGGUUUUGUUCUGCCUUUAGGUAACGUUAACGUGUUAGCUAUGAUUCUAAGUUUGUUUCUAGAAUGAUGAUCCUGGUCACUGAUAUGUAGCUUCUCGGCUAGCUUGUCACCUAACUAUCCAGUUUCAACAUAACUAGCUGAUCAUCCUGGCUCUCCACUUUGACAUAAUGCCAUGGGGAACUGUUGGUCUCACUGCUAUGCGUUAUUUAGAAAAGAAGCAAAUAGAAUUCAACGAGGAGGAGGGUCCAAGUACUUCAGAAGUAGUACAACAGGGGAGCACUAUACUAUAGAGUUUGAGAACCUUGUUGAAAGCGAUGAGGGGGAAAGUUCAGAAACUUGUCCCAGACCAAUCAGUGAAGAGGAGAUCAACCACCUGAAGGAGCUUCGCUACACUGCCAUUGCAGACCAGCAGACAUUGAUCGAUGAGAAGCUGCGUGCGGAGUUAGUGGCACAAGAGGAGGCGUUAAGGCUAGAGGAAGAGGCUAUAUGUGCAGCCCAACGGGAGGCCGCCCGGUUGGCACGGGAACGAAGGCUGCAGGAGCAGCAACAAGAGCAAGGACACAAAGGGCGGCCUGAAGCCGAGACUGCUCCGACCCAGAGGAAACCUGGUGCUGGUGGGGAGUUUGAUGUCUACCUGCAGAGUGUGAAGGCCCAGUCAGAAGCCUUCCGCAGUAGCCGGCUGUCAUCGGAGACAAAUGUGGUCACCCCAAACACAGAGAGCAGCUGGGACUUCACCAGCAAGCGCUCCACAAACGAUGAUGGCACCUCCUUGGACCUGGAGUGGGAGGAUGAAGAAGGCAUGAACCGCUUGGGUCCAGCGUGGGAGCGCUCGAAGACCGAGGAGGACAUUCUCCGUGCAGCGCUGCGUCCCUGUGGGAAGGCGGUGGGUAGUGGUCCCACCUCCACCUCGGAGGACUCCAACGCCCUGGAGUGGGAGAACGACUUUGUGAGCGCCCACGCCGAGGACAACGAGGAUGACGAAGAGUUUGAGGGCUUCGUCAACCCCGUGUUGGACACGCCCUCGGAAGGCACACCGGAGACGCUUGACGUGGAGAGUCAGGAGAGAUAGUCCCAGCUAUGUGCCAGUGAAGGUGCGGUCAGCAGACCACUUUGGUCCAGUCUCAACUUCAACCUAAACUCCCUCAGUCAGAUGCAGCCCAAAACCUGCAGGAGUUGGUCUGUGUACGCCCAAACCAGCCCUAACUAGAUCAGAAGACCUACAGUCACUUUCCAGAGUUGUCUAUAGUCAAAUGUUUAUAUUCCUGCACUGUAGGAAUUAAAAUACCACUACUGGUUAGACUCUGAGACUGGACGAUGCGCUAGAAGAGUUCCAGUUUGAAUCCAAAUUUGACAGUUUGUUUAUUACACUGAUCAGGUAAAAAACUUUCUAAAUUAAAUGUAACAGUCAAGAUUGGGGUGAAGUUCUCCUUCUUUAAGAUGUACUGUCUCCCAUGUGUUUGAAAGGGUUGUGUUUCUUUCAGCCUUAAUUCUAAAUUGGCCUGUUUUCAGAACAUUUAAUUAUUAAGUGCAAUUCAUACGGCCUCUGAUUGGAUGUGAGAGAGCUUCUGUUCACAGAGUGGGUUGCAUGAAGACCACCAUUUCUGUCAUUGUGUCUCGUCCAAAGCAACAUUGUCUGCUUGAAUUCAGUGCCUACAAGAAAAAUAAGACCAUAAAUAAAUUGUAAAUACAAAAUACUGCAACCUUUGGAGAAAAAAUGAAAAAUUGAAACUCCUCUUUCUUUAAAAAGAAAGGUUUACAUCAAGGCAGUGGGAACCAUCUCUUGUGAAAUUGUGAUCUUGUUUCUGAAUGACCCUGACUUGGGGCCGGGUGUCCAUAUAGCGUUUUUCACUGGUAGUACGCUGGAGAGAACUUCAUCCCAGCAUUUCAUCGAAGAGAGCAUGUGGGGUUCGAUAUUACCACUCCAACACCACCAGCGCCUUUUCUGAAAAGUUGACAAAUGUUCAACUAAGUUAGAAAUGCUCAGAUCGAUUGCACAAGAAAGGUGGAGCACUCUGAGAGGGAGGGGGAAAAAAUGAAGAAACAGAAAUUCUUUCUGGGCACAGCACUUUUUCUCCAGGCGGCUGCAUAUGAUUGAGCCUCAUUGGGGGAAAAAUCACUGGCUUUCUAAAAAAAAAAAUGCUAUAUGAACUGUCAGCCUUAAGAAAUGUUGCUUUUCUAAAACUACCAUUUGAACAAAGGCCAGAAGGUUUUAGAGACUGGGUUGAUCUGAUGUCAAAUCAUCAGAGGGAAAUCUCAAUCUGUUUUGUACGCUUGAUGAUGUUCUACCUCUGGGUUUGAUAGGUCACAAACUGGAAAACAAAUUCACUAACCCAAAACUGCCACUCUAGUCUAUUGAGUCAAUGGCACAGAAGAAUGUAGAGGAGCCUAAAAUUCAGUGAUGUAUAACCAUUUAUUUUUACCUUUUAUGUUUUGGAUUAUUAUUCUAGAUGUGAAAUCACAGGGAUUGGGGGAAAUCUUAUAACAGUUUUUUUUCUCUUAAAAAAGAAGUAACAAGCAUGUAUUUAGAUCACAUAUGUAUGCUGUAGGUGUUUUAGAGGGUUAAAACUACAGACUUAAAUGUAGGCUUUUCCACAGCACAAUCACUGACCGGCAUCCAAGAAUGACUGAGGGCACAAUGGUUGUUGACAAUGGUCCAUUAUUUGCAAAUGAGUUACGGUACUUUUACAUGGGACUGUACCUAGCUUUCUGAAAGAGCAUCUAUUACUGUAGUCAAUGUGGUAAGAACACAAUCUGAAUGAGCUUCUUGUUGUCCUUCAUGUGGUUUUGUUAUUUCUUUCAUCGAAUGUGCUUUUGGGACUACCGUAAUAUCACAAGCAAUGUGUUUCAACAAAAAAAGAUGAUCAUUUUGAUAAUGCCUUUUUUUCAUUGGCUAAGAUUGGUGAGGGUGCACUCACACAGUAAGUGGAGGCAACUGUGACUUUUUUUUAAAAAUGCUUUAACACUCACUGUGUUUUGUCCUCACUGUGUGACCAAUAGCUUUAAACAUAUUUUUAUGCGUUCAUGUCCGCUUCUGUCUAAAAUAUCCAGCACUCAGUUGUAAAAUAUGUCAUAUGUUUCAAAUCAGUGCAGUGCAUAUAUCUACUGAAUGAUAGCUAUUUUAGAGCCAACCGUUUUUUUUUUUUUGCCCCCUUAGUAGAUUUUAAGAUGAUGUGUCAUUUGCAACAUGUUUACCAGAAUAGUGCAGGUCAUAAUAAUAAAAACAAAAAUCAUUCCCUAGAGUGCUUAGGAGUGUGCUUCACCGGCUGCUAUGUUCCCUGAAGGCAUCACUAUGCGACCACAUUACUGAGUAACACAGAGAGCGUGGGCAUUGUACAGGGAUGUUUUUGAGAAAUGCUACCCAUAUUAAUUUGGGAAAUAGCAGGGUAUUUGUUAAUUUAGGCCAAAACGCUAAGUCAAAGUCAAAGUCCUUAGAGACCGUCAGCACCACCCCUUCACACACUCCCUUCAUAUUAGUCAGAAGGAUGUCCACACCCUGCCGAAAAUACACGAGGAAGUGGACGCACUGCCAGCCGGACAAGUGCUGUACUGUACACUCAGUCAAAGGACAGAUCUGGGCACAGUGAAAUUUGGAAGGAGCCAUAUGUGAAAGUGAGUGGUUCAUUCACCGGGCUCAGUGACUCACUUUCCUCUCAGAGCUAUUCUAUAUUUUCGAGCUUACAAGAGCUUAAUUGUGUUGUACAUUUGGCUCUGUGACUGGAAGAACCAAGGGGAUGUGUGUUAGGAAAUCUCCAGAGCCUUCAUAUAUUUUUUAUUUGUGCUUGUGUGUUAAUCUUUUUACUUUUUACUCUUUAUUAACGUGAGUCUGAAUAAUUAUGUGGAUGUUUGCAAUCCCACUGGCCUCGUGGAAAGAAUGAAAUAAACCUCCUGUACUUUUGAUUUGCCCAGACUCACACAAAAAUCUGGUAAAUAACAUGUAAAUAAAAGUGAAUAAAAUUAA